AUGAACUUCGCCAUUGCCGUCUUUGGUGUUAUGUUGGUCAUCGCUGUUGCAUUCUGGUUCAUCCAAGGUAACCGAACAUAUCUCCAGACCGAAGAUGCCAUCGCCUCAAUGGUCUACGCCCACCAUCUGGAAAUGAAUCAGCUAGGUAAUGAUGACUCUGUUCCUGCCGUUCAAGCUCCGGUCAUUGUUGAUCAGAAGUGA